AAGUUAAAGAGGCGAUGGUGCUCAACUUGGUGCUCUCCUCCCCAACUCAACAUGUUUAAUCUUAUGAGCAAUUGCUGCAGUUGGGUCUCCAAACUUCAGCAACCGCUAAGAAAGGUUACAGUGCUAGUAAUUGGCUUGGACAAAGCUGGGAAAACAUCUUGUGUCAGAGGGAUGUUGGGAGUGCCUCCUGGAGAAAUAAGUCCCACUCACGAAUGUGUUCGCACUGAGCUAAGGGUGGAAAACUACUUGGUUGACAUACUGGAAAUGGGCGGAGCUCCUGAGGUUCGAGGAACCUGGAGAGAGCGUUAUGGUGAAGCUCACGGCAUCAUUUUUGUGAUCGACUCCAGUGACAGGCAGCGAAUGAAGGAUGUCAGAGAAAGUUUGGUCGACCUACUGAAACAUCCAAGAGUGGCUGGAAAACCUCUCUUAGUGCUGGCAAAUAAGCAGGACAAAAUGAAUGCUCUGCUGGGAAAUGAACUCAUUGAAAUUCUCUCCCUUGAGAAGCUGGUCAACCAGAGCCGGUCCCUAUGCCACAUUGAACCAUGUUCGGCCCUAAUGGAUCUACGUCGCUGGUCAGAUAGAAAGACCUUGCGAGGUCUUAGAUGGCUACUGCGAGCUGUAUGCCUGGACUAUGCAGACCUGUGCACCCGCGUGAUGAGGGAUGGGAGGCGACCAUUAGACCCAGAGGAAAAAGAUCGGAGAGGGAAAACAGAGAAGAACUGGAAUAAAUCUAAAGGGGAGAAAAAACGGGCAAGCAAAAUAGAUAUUCGUCAAGAACAGCACACAGAAAAAGUAACAAAAAAUGGGACCCUGCAACCAAUCAGAAAUAUUCUGAAUCAGGAAAACUCUUUUAAACAGAAAUUAAGGAAAAAGAAGAAGAAGGUAAAGGUUAAGACUGAAAAGGGCAGCGCAAGCAGAGAAGUUGUGAAUGAAGAGGAAGUUGAUGAGACAGAAGCAAAUGAAGCAGAACAAGACCAAAACAGCCAGAAGGAUAAAACCAGCAGUGCAUUGUUGCCCGGGAAACAUGGGAAACUGAAACGCAAAGCCAAAGUGAAAGAAGAGACUUUGGUUUCCCCAGAAUCCCCCAACAAUGAAGUCCCUCAAACCCCUAGAGGAAAAAUGCAAAGAAAAAGGAAAAAGAAGGCGAUUAAAGGGAAUCGAAAGAACAAGAUAAACACAGAGGAAGUUCCAGCUGCUUAUACGCAGCCAGUUGAUCUUUCAACCACUUUCGAUCUUUACAGAAAAGCAAUUCAAGCUCUCAAAGCCCGACAGGAACAAAAGAUGGUUGCGGGGCAGUGAGAAUAAAGAUCACACACAGCAAUAUCAUGACAGGAGAUGGCAGAAUGAAGAUCUGGUGGAAAUGGAUGACCUUCAAACAUUGUAAACUAUUUAUUGUAAAUUUUGACGAGCUCAGCUUAUUUAUCAGCUAGAUGUACUGUUGUGUAAUGGUCAUCAAUAAUUUUGUAAAACAGUAAGAAGCUCACACAUUGUAAGUGUCAGAGUUUUGGCAUCUGUUUAGGAUUUUCAGAUGAUGUCUAUUGCAUAUGACAGACAGUUUAUGACAUUUUAGAUAAAUUAACAUACUGAUUUUUCAUGGUAAAGACUUUUGUUAAGAUAAUGUUUAUGGCCUAACCUGACUUUUUUGGGAUUUUUUAUACAUUUUAUAAACGACCAGUUUCUUUUUAACCAAUUUAUACAGUUUCUAGACGUGAUUGUUUGAUAAAUAGAAAGAAAUGCAUGACGGGAAUUAUUUCAUUGUUCGAACAAAAAAUAUGUUCCCUGAUAUUCCCUCAAAAACUAAUAAAAUAUUAUUUACCAUGUCUUCAAUCCCAU